UCCUUUCUGGCGUCUGCAGAGCCGGCAGGUGCUGGGGACGCAGACGCCGGAGCCAGGGAGCGGGCGGUUGGAGUCUUAAGUCCAACCAGUUCCCCGCAUAGGUGGCUGCAGAGGCGAGGUGACGGCGCGUGCGGAACGAACUCUGCACCCCCAGGAAUGGGGAGCGCUGGCUUUUCCGUGGGAAAAUUCCACGUGGAGGUGGCCUCUCGCGGCCGGGAAUGUGUCUCGGGGACGCCCGAGUGUGGGAAUCGGCUCGGGAGUGCGGGCUUCGGGGCUCUCUGCUUGGAACUCAGAGGCGCUGAUCCAGCCUGGGGCCCGUUUGCUGCCCACGGGAGGAGCCGCCGUCAGGGCUCGAGAUUUCUGUGGCUCCUCAAGAUAUUGGUCAUAAUCCUGGUACUUGGCAUUGUUGGAUUUAUGUUCGGAAGCAUGUUCCUUCAAGCAGUGUUCAGCAGCCCCAAGCCAGAACUCCCAAGUCCUGCCCCAGGUGUCCAGAAGCUGAAGCUUCUGCCUGAGGAACGUCUCAGGAACCUCUUUUCCUACGAUGGAAUCUGGCUGUUCCCGAAAAAUCAGUGCAAAUGUGAAGCCAACAAAGAGCAGGGAGGUUACAACUUUCAGGAUGCCUAUGGCCAGAGCGACCUCCCAGCGGUGAAAGCGAGGAGACAGGCUGAAUUUGAACACUUUCAGAGGAGAGAAGGGCUGCCCCGCCCACUGCCCCUGCUGGUCCAGCCCAACCUCCCCUUUGGGUACCCAGUCCACGGAGUGGAGGUGAUGCCCCUGCACACGGUUCCAAUCCCAGGCCUCCAGUUUGAAGGACCCGAUGCUCCCGUCUAUGAGGUCACCCUGACAGCUUCUCUGGGGACACUGAACACCCUUGCUGAUGUCCCAGACUGUGUGGUGCAGGGCAGAGGCCAGAAGCAGCUGAUCAUUUCUACCAGUGACCGGAAGCUGUUGAAGUUCAUUCUUCAGCACGUGACAUACACCAGCACGGGGUACCAGCACCAGAAGGUAGACAUAGUGAGUCUGGAGUCCAGGUCCUCAGUGGCCAAGUUUCCAGUGACCAUCCGCCAUCCUGUCAUACCCAAGCUAUACGACCCUGGACCAGAGAGGAAGCUCAGAAACCUGGUUACCAUUGCUACCAAGACUUUCCUCCGCCCCCACAAGCUCAUGAUCAUGCUCCGGAGUAUUCGAGAGUAUUACCCAGACUUGACCGUGAUAGUGGCUGAUGACAGCAAGAAGCCCCUGGAAAUUAAAGACAACCAUGUGGAGUAUUACACUAUGCCCUUUGGGAAGGGUUGGUUUGCUGGUAGGAACCUGGCCAUAUCUCAGGUCACCACCAAAUACGUUCUCUGGGUGGACGAUGAUUUUCUCUUCAACGAGAAGACCAAGAUUGAGGUGCUGGUGGAUGUCCUGGAGAAAACAGAACUGGACGUGGUAGGCGGCAGUGUGCUGGGAAAUGUGUUCCAGUUUAAGUUGUUGCUGGAACAGAGUGAGAAUGGGGCCUGCCUUCACAAGAGGAUGGGAUUUUUCCAACCCCUGGAUGGCUUCCCCAGCUGCGUGGUGACCAGUGGCGUGGUCAACUUCUUCCUGGCCCACACGGAGCGACUCCAAAGAGUUGGCUUUGAUCCCCGCCUGCAACGAGUGGCUCACUCAGAAUUCUUCAUUGAUGGGCUAGGGACCCUACUCGUGGGGUCAUGCACAGAAGUGAUUAUAGGUCACCAGUCCCGGUCUCCAGUGGUGGACUCAGAGCUGGCUGCCCUAGAGAAGACCUACAAUACAUACCGGUCCAACACCCUCACCCAGGUCCAGUUCAAGCUGGCCCUCCACUACUUCAAGAACCAUCUCCAAUGUGCCGCAUAA